GCCGCCGCCGCCGCCGCCGCCGCGCCGCGGCUUGAGGGCGGGAGGCUGGGGGAGGGUAGCGGAGCCGGCGCCGCCGCCAUGUUGGGUCUGAGGCGGCUGCUGUAGGCGCCGACGGAGCGAGCGGGCUUGCGGAGCGGCGACAGCGGCGUGGGAUCUGCCUCUCUGCGAGCGGCCCGGAGCGGCGGCGGCGGCGGCGCCAUGAGCGGGGGCACCCCUUACAUUGGCAGCAAGAUUAGCCUUAUCUCCAAGGCGGAGAUCCGCUACGAGGGCAUCCUCUACACCAUCGACACCGAGAACUCCACCGUAGCCCUCGCCAAAGUUCGGUCCUUUGGUACAGAAGACAGACCAACAGAUCGUCCAAUACCACCUCGAGAUGAAGUCUUUGAAUACAUCAUAUUCCGUGGGAGUGAUAUUAAAGACCUCACUGUUUGUGAGCCACCAAAACCACAAUGUUCUUUGCCUCAGGACCCAGCUAUCGUUCAGUCUUCACUAGGCUCAUCUACUUCUUCAUUCCAGUCAGUGGGUUCCUAUGGACCUUUUGGCAGGAUGUCGACAUACAGUCAGUUCAGUCCAAGUUCAUUAGUCGGGCAGCAGUUUGGUGCUGUCGGUGUUGCUGGAAGCUCUUUGACAUCCUUUGGAACAGAAACAUCAAACAGUGGUACCCUAUCCCAAAGUACUGCAGUUGGUUCUGCCUUUACACAGGAUACAAGAUCGCUAAAAACACAGUUAUCUCAAGGUCGUUCAAGCCCUCAGUUAGACCCUUUGAGAAAAAGCCCAACCAUGGAACAAGCAGUACAGACCGCCUCGGCCCACUUACCUGCUCCAGCACCUGUUGGGAGAAGGAGCCCUGUAUCAACCAGGCCUUUACCAUCUACCAGCCAAAAAGCAAUAGAGAAUCAAGAGCACAGGCGAGCUGAAGUACACAAAGUUUCAAGACCAGAAAAUGAGCAACUCAGAAAUGAUAGCAAGAGACAAAUAGUUCCAGGUGCUCCUUCAGCUCCAAGGAGAGGGCGUGGGGGUCAUCGAGGUGGCAGGGGACGAUUUGGUAUUCGACGAGAUGGUCCAAUGAAAUUUGAGAAAGACUUUGACUUUGAAAGUGCAAAUGCACAAUUUAACAAGGAGGAAAUAGACAGAGAAUUUCAUAAUAAACUUAAAUUGAAAGAGGAUAAACUUGAGAAACAGGAGAAGCCUGUAAAUGGUGAAGAUAAAGGAGACUCAGGAGUUGAUACCCAAAACAGUGAAGGAAAUGCAGAUGAAGAAGAUCCACUUGGCCCUAAUUGCUAUUAUGACAAAACCAAAUCCUUCUUUGAUAAUAUUUCUUGUGAUGAUAAUAGAGAACGGAGACCAACCUGGGCUGAAGAAAGAAGAUUAAAUGCCGAAACAUUUGGAAUCCCACUUCGUCCAAACCGUGGCCGUGGCGGGUACAGAGGCAGAGGAGGUCUUGGUUUCCGUGGUGGCCGAGGGCGUGGUGGUGGCAGAGGUGGUACCUUCACCACCCCUCGAGGAUUUCGUGGUGGAUUCAGAGGAGGUCGUGGGGGCAGGGAGUUUGCAGAUUUUGAAUACAGGAAAACCACAGCUUUUGGACCCUAAAGUAGGUCUGGAUUGAUCAUACAACUUUCUGAAAGAAAGACAACAAAGUUGCUGCAUAGUCUACAAACAAGUCUUUGAAAAUAGGUGAAUUUCUAGCUCUUCAUGGUCCUGAGAAUUGGUUUCAGUCUUUUGAGAAGAAUGAAGAAGUGAAUUUGCUGUAUAUUUGUCACCAGCACUGGGUUUUUGUUUGUUUGUUUGUUUGUUUUUCUGCUUAAUUUCAAAGAUAAAAUGCAGUUACUUUUGGGGGGGGAGGCUCAUCUUAAAAAAUGAGCAUUAAAUAUAUUUGGAAUAGCAGAAGGUUAAGUAAUUUCUUAUGUAUAGUUAAGCUACAGCAGUACUUCAAUGGGACUUAUAAGUAUUUUUUCAUCACUGAAAGGAUUUUUCUUAUCACUAAAUUGUAUUUGGCAAUUAUUGUAAGUUGCCUGCAGAUAGGGCCGUGAUACUGUGUUUUGAGCCACAGAAGGUUGUGUGUGUGCGUGCGUGCGUGCGUGCGUGUGUGUCUGUUUCUUUCUUUCUUUCUUUCUUUUUGGAAAUCCUGUAAUAUCCCCUUUGAAGUAGCUUAUUUGGUCAAUUAAUUAGGGUGCUGGAUGGUAGAGAAUUUUGUCAGUCAACUAUGUACACACAGUAAAUACUGUUUCUUAGGCAAAGGUAACUUUUUUAUAUAGUUGUAAAAUUCCAUUAUAUUCCAUUGCCAAAGAAACAUUAAGAACUUUGUAUAGCUGUAUAAAAAGCAACUAAUUUUUUAAAGAAUAAACAUUUUAAAGUCAGCAAACAUACUGUGUCCUUGCAGAAGUUGAUGUGCUGAGGAGCAGAGCUGUGGGUGGUGGGUCUUUUUUCAUAGCUUUCCAGGCUUGAGAUUUUUGAUUUUGAUUUUUUUUUUAAUGUUUGGAACAUAAAUGAAGAUUUGAUACAUUCUUCCAUUAUCUAAAAAGGAUAAAUUACUCAUACUCAUUGUAAGAGCUUCAUUUUGUAACAAAUGGCAUAUCACAGGAUUUGUCCAAAUAACAAAUAUUUUCAGUAUAUGAAUGUAAAUAAUCAUAGAUAAGAAUAUACUUAGCUGUAUUUUCAAAUAAGCACCCUCCCCUUUUUUAAGAUAAUAAAACUGGGCAUCGAUUAACCCGUUCUUCCUGAUAUGCCUGGAAUUUUGUCGUGAUACCUUGAUUCAUUCCAUUAUAUUUCAAGAGGAUUCAGAGUGCUAGAAAUUAUUUUGGCAACCUAUAAGAUAUCCUAACACUGGUCCUUGGGCCCAUGGCCCACAAAUGACUCGGUAAUAGAGUUCAUUGCUAAUUAUAAAUCACUAGUAAAUCUUUUUGAUAUUUUAAGCUAGAGUGGAAAAAAAAAAUCUGGCCACUUUUGUGUUUUUAUGAAGGCCAUGGAAUAAAGGGAUCCAAAGAUUUAAAUAUUUUUAUCUAUUUUGAUUUUUGUUAACUUUCUCCUUAAAGUAUUCAAUAGUGAUAAAGAUGUGGAAAACUGCACUGUAGGAGAAUUGGAAUAUUUAAAGAUGGUUGAUAUUUUUAAUUUUAAUUUUAUAUCUUUUGUAUAGCUCUACAAGGAAAUGUUUUGUAAUUUGGUUUCGUUUAAGGUCCAGUACUUGGCAGCCGUAGUUUAGAUAAUGUUGCUUAAUACUGUUUGCUUGCAUGUUAACAACAAAACCUUUUGGAGGACCCACAAAUCAUGAUAUUGAACACAUUUCCGAAGCAUUCUGAACAUCAAAGCAAGUGCUAUGAUAAUUCCUAUGUAGACUGUUUGAGAUGUCCCGGGCCAGUUUCAAGAAAAGCUGUAAAUACCAGUUCUACAUGCUCUGGAAGUAUGAAUUCACGUGUUUUUCAAGCCCUCUGGGUCACUGACUAAGGCAUUUGGUGCCCCAAUAAUAACUGGCAGCAUGGCAUACCUGCAGUGCACCUUACAAUAUUAAAGCAAGGUUUUUAUUCUAAGACAGAAUAAAACUGUUAAAUAAAAAA